AUGUCUGCUGGUACUGCCGCCGCGUCUCCGUCCCCCUCUCCUCCGCCUAAUGAUUCUCUCUUCGGCGACCUCAACCUUGACGCGAUGCUGGACGAACCUGACUCGGACCUCGACGACGACACUCCAGCUUCCGCUCUUGGGAAACGGCCGCGUUCCGACGACGACGACGACAACGACGACCCUCGGAAUGAUGAAGACGGGUCAUUGUCGUCUGCUCCUGUUGCUACCGAUGGCAACAUCGCAGUCUAUGCACGUCGCCAGGCCAAGGCCCGUCGUCUCAACACCGAACGGUCCAAGGCCGUGAUGCGCUUCGUUAUGGAACCGAACGCUUGCAAGCUCGUUGAUUUGUACGUGCAGGGCCAAGAGGCUUUGCAGGCCAUCGCAGCAUUCAAGGCCAUUCAACCUCCGUGGGAAGUAUCCCCGGAUCUUGAGCUGAACUUGAAGCGCUUCACUCACGCGGUCGCCUUUUCGUCCAAGCUUUCGUCUUAUCGCGACGAUACCGCGCUGAACAUCGUUCUUAAAAUCGUGAAGGGCAUGAAUCUGUCGGGUCUGUACACCGGUAUCUGGCUUGUUCCCGCCGAUUUGGACAAGGUGAAGGCUGUCAUCUUGGACGCCUUGACUCAGUUCCGCUCGAUGAUCAAAAAAGCGCUCAGGGCUAGUAUGUCCGCAAAGGACAGCAUCGACCAUGUGGACGCUUUCAAGCUCACGAUACACAUUGCGGACAAGGCCGAUGUGAAGGCUACGGUCCCCCUUACUUGUCGUGUGGCCCUCAUGCGCUAUGUUUACCGGCACCGCUCUGCUUCUGACUUUUGGCUUGCUGUCGACAAGCAGAUCUCCGAACUCCUGGCAAAGUCGAAUGGCGACCCCGCGCGUAUUGCUAAGCUCUAUCGAAAGAUACUCACGAAGGAUCUCAAGGAGCAUGGUCAGAAUGCUGCCGGGGAGCACUCCUUGCCCGAGGACGAUGUCGCGUGUGAACGUCAGCAGCUAGUGGCCGAUGCGAUGGAUGGGGAGGAUGAGGAGUAG